AAGUCAAAUCAAAUAUUAGAGCACCAAAUCACUUGCAGGAGAAUCAAAAACAAAAACAGUGAUCGUCGAAAAGAGAAACAUGGGAUUCAUAGGCAAAGUGGUGGAUGCGAUUCUGUUGCUAACAUUCUUGUCCAUGUCGUUGGUUCCUCCGUUGCUCGACGCCCAAGCCCUUCUGCCGGAAUCCGCCGUCCCCGCCGUCCUCGUCCGUCUGUACAAAUGGUACACGACGGAGCACCAGGAUUACUUGCUGCUGGAGCAGCCUGCUUUUUUCAUGGCGCUCAUGAAGCUGGAGAUUUUCUUUGUCUGGCCGCUCGCUAUGAUCAACCUUUACGGGUUGUUGAACUCCAAGCCUUGGUUCAAAUCCACCUGCCUCAUCUUUGGCUCCGCCCUAGCUACCUCCACGACGGCUAUGGUGGGAGACAUGCUGGGAUCCAAGAAGCCUAUGGCGGAUAAACUGGCGAUGAUGUACUUUCCUUUUAUAGCGCUUGGGUUCCUCGCCGUGCUGCGAGGGCUGCUUACACCGUCAACCAAGGCUGUCUCCGCCCGUGCCGACGGAACGACGACCAGGGAUUUGAAAAAAGAGGUUUGAAGUUGAUGAGUUUCGAAAGAUGGUCUCUUCUUCGUUGAAACAAUAAUAUGGGAGGGAUUUUGCUCUGUGUUUGUGUAUGUAAACAAGUUGAGUGAAGAUCAUCAUCUUCUUCGUUGACUCGAUGAGUUUCUUUGUCAUGUUUAUGUAGUUUUACUUUGAAUUAUG